AUGGCUGUACGCAACACGAACCAGCCAUCCUUCAACUUCCUCACCGGUGAAGAGGAGCCUGCGCCUGCGCCAGUAGUUGCGAAACGAGAACCUCUGCGAGAAACCUUCCGAACCACAUUGAGAGCCUCCCAGAAUGCGCCGCACACGGUUGUGCCCUCCGAUCCUAUCAAUGAAGACCUCCGCGCGCAGCUCAAUACGCUGCGAUAUGAACUCGAGACGGCAAAGCAGGAAAAGGAGAUGAUGAAGUUGGAGCAUGCGCAAGAACUGCGAGACGCUCAGAACCGUGCUGAUACCGACUUUCGAAAGGCCCAGCAAGUUGAGGCUUCCAGCACUCAAACGGCCAAAAAAUAUGAGGCGCUUUCCAAGGAAAUGGCCGAACUUCAGACACGCACUGCAAACGAGCGACUAGCACUGGAGAGGCGGUUGCGAGAGAGUCAAGAGAGGGCGCAAUCGAUACAAGAAGAGUUUGACGAAGUUAAAGAGGAAUUGUCGACUUCACAACGCCAGAACGACCACAGGUACAACACCUUGCAGACCGAACACAAGAAACUCAAGGAGAGCAUGGAGGAGGUACAGGUAGACUUGCAAUCCAAAGUCAACGCGCUGCAGAACACACAGCGAGCGCUCGCGGAAAAAGAAGAGGAGGUUGGACAGAAGGAGGCCGAGAUCUUGCGCCUCAAGGCAAUUACAGGGGAUGCAGAGACGCUAGCAGUCAUUAAAAGGGAGCUCUCCGAUCAGGUGGCACAUAUUAAGAAGCUUGAGACCUUGACCAGGGAGCAGAAUGCUGAGCUGAAGCAAUACCGGAAACAGCACAAGGCUAUCGAAGUCGUAGAGGAGGAGAAGAGAUCACUACAAAACAAACUGCGCAUGAUGGAUGACCUACAGCGGCAAUUGGGCGAAGCGGAAUUGCGGAGACAGGUCCUUGAGGAAGAGCGAGACUCUUGGACUUCAUACUUGGAGGCUGAAGCCGAGACACACGGCGAGGUACUCUUCGAAACACCCCAAGACCUUGCACGGGCUUUCAUCCAAGAGCGGAUAGAGAGGACCGAUCUUCUCAACCGGUUGGGCGAGAUCAAGCCAGAACUUUCGGUCAGAGAAGCAACGAUUCAAGCGCUUGAAGAAGAAAAGGCCCAGCUACAAGCAGAGAUCCAGCAGCUCAAGACAGUUGGAAGUACAAGUGCAGCGAACAGUGCCGAUGCAAAGGCUCGAGCACGUCUUGAAAGACAAAAGGCUCUGGCAACCAAGGAGGUUGAGUUUCUGCGUGCUCAAGUAAAGGCCUUUGAUGACGAAGAACGCGAAAUGCAGCCUGACACAUACGACCAAGCAAAGUCUGAGCGGAUAAAAGAGUUGGAGGAUCUUGUAGAUCAAUACCGCAAGGAAGUUGAGGCCCUACAAAAGGAGUUUAACAGUCUCGAAAAGCCCGCUCCCUCAACAGCAGGCCAAAAGCGCUCCCUGGAGACGGACGAGAACGAGGAACGCGUUGGCGAGCUACGACGAAAGAACCGACAACUACAAGACGACCUCCACGCGCUCCAAAAGAAGAUGAAGAUUGUCGAGUCCGAAUACACAGCCCAACACACCCAACUCAAAAAGCUCAAGGAAUCCUCCCGCACCCGCGUCCUAGAACUAAAAUCCAACCCCACCGCUGACGCCGAAGCCCUCAAACUAAGCACCGUGCGCACCCUCCGCGAAGCAAACGCCCAACUCCUCGACCAGCUCGAAAACGGCAAACAGGCCCCUUCAGCCGUGCCCCUCGCCACGCUCGACGCCGCGCGCGACGAACUCGAAGAACUCAAAGCGCAACUCGCCUCUUCGUCGAAGAAAAUCGUGCGCCUGAAGCAAAUCUGGACCGCCAAAUCCCUCGAGUUCCGCGAGGCCGUCGCCUCCAUUCUCGGCUGGAAACUCGACUUUAUGCCCAAUGGGCGCGUCAAAGUUACCAGCAUGUUCAAGCCUGCGGAUGAGGAAGGGGAGAAUAGCAUUGUGUUUGAUGGCGAGAAUGGCACCAUGAAGGUGAGUGGCGGGGAACAAAGCGUUUUCGCGGGUGAGAUUCGCGAUCAGAUUGUUUAUUGGGUCGAGGGUAGGAAGGAGAUUCCUUGUUUUCUUAGUGCGUUGACGCUUGAGUUUUGGGAACGCGGGCCGGGGGGGCAGACGAUGCAUGGGUGA